GUCUCCCCACGCGCCUUUCUUUCCUCUCGCGAGAUUUGGGCCACGCUGUUCCCGGCAUCCAUUUCGUGGCCGAGGAAGAGGAGGCGAGCGGAGAGGGUGAUGGCGGCCAUGUUGGGAGCGUCGAGACGGCUUUGAGGAAGGCCUCAGUGAGGAGGACGCGCGUCGGUUUUCUUGCUUUGCCCCCUGUGGUGAAGCUGGACCCCGAGAGGGAAAGGCGAAGAGGAGACGCCGCCGAAAUCGGUCUUGGACCCGGACGAGGCUUUCCGGGGCGCGCGUUGGGCUUCCUCCCGCCGACGCCAUGAGCGGGGGGACGCCUUAUAUCGGUAGUAAGAUCAGCCUCAUCUCCAAGGCCGAGAUCCGCUAUGAGGGCAUCCUGUACACCAUCGACACCGAGAACUCCACCGUGGCGUUGGCCAAAGUUCGUUCUUUUGGUACUGAAGACAGACCCACUGAUCGGCCUAUACCACCUCGUGAUGAAGUAUUUGAAUAUAUUAUAUUCCGUGGCAGCGAUAUAAAGGAUCUGACUGUUUGUGAGCCGCCUAAACCACAGUGUUCACUGCCCCAGGAUCCAGCUAUUGUUCAGUCUUCUCUAGGAUCAUCAUCUUCUACUUCAUUCCAGUCUGUGGGCUCCUAUGGUCCUUUUGGCAGGAUGCCAGCCUACAGUCAGUUCAGUCCAAGUCCCUUAGUGAGCCAGCAGUUUGGUGCUGUUGGUGUUGGAAGUUCACUGACAUCUUUUGGAACUGAAACAUCAGCCAAUACGAACUUGUCUCAAAGCAGCGCAGUUGGUUCCACUUUUACAACAGAUGCACGAUCAUUAAAAACGCAGCUCUCUCAAGGUCGCACCAGUCCUCAGUUAGACCAUUUGAGAAAGAGCCCAAUCCUGGAACAAGCAGUGCAGACCACAUCAGCCCACUUACCUGCAUCAGCACCAGUCGGGCGCAGGAGUCCUGUUUCAGCUAGGCCUCUGGCAUCCGGUAACCAAAAAUCCUUAGAAAAUCAGGAGCACAGGCGAGCUGAAGCACACAAGUUGUCAAGAUCCGAAGCAGAACACCUGAGAAGUGAUAAACGUCAACUGGGGGUACCUCCAGUACGAAGAGGCCGUGGGGGUCACCGGGGAGGCCGAGGAAGAUUCGGUAUCAGGCGGGAUGUUCCAAUGAAAUUUGAGAAAGACUUUGAUUUUGAAAGUGCAAAUGCUCAGUUCAAUAAAGAGGAAAUAGAUCGUGAAUUUCACAACAAGCUGAAGCUGAAAGAAGACAAACCAGAAAAGCCGGUAAACGGGGAAGAUAAAGGUGACUCAGGUGUCGACACCCAGAACAGUGAAGGCAAUGCAGACGAAGAUGACCCCCUUGGGCCCAACUGCUAUUACGACAAGACCAAGUCUUUCUUCGAUAACAUCUCCUGUGAUGACAACAGAGAACGAAGACCUACCUGGGCAGAAGAAAGAAGAUUAAAUGCAGAGACAUUUGGGAUUCCGUUGCGUCCAAACCGUGGCCGUGGGGGCUUCAGAGGGAGAGGAAGUGGUAGCGGAGUUGGUGGCUUUCGGGGUGCUAGAGGACGUGGCGGCAGCAGAGGAAGCUUCAGUGUCCCUCGGGGGUUUCGUGGUGGAUUCAGAGGUGGACGUGGUGGCAGGGAAUUUGCAGAUUUUGAAUACAGGAAAGACAACAAGGUUGCCGCAUAGUCCACGAGGAAGUUGAAAGCCAAGUGGACUUGCUGAUCUUCAUAGUCCAGAGAAUGUGUUGGUCUUUGCAAAGAAAUUGACUUAAUUUGCCGUAAAACUCGUCACCAGCAGUGGGGUUUGUUUUUUAAUUCCAAAGGGGUUUGAAGCAGUAACCAUUUUGAAAAAAAAUGCCAUCUUCAGAAACAACGAGCAUUAAAUAUAUUUGCGAUAGAAAAAUAAGUAAUUUCUUACAUAUAGUUAAGCUAUAAAGCAGUACGUCAAUGGCGUUUAAGUAUUUUUUUCAUCACAGAAAAGAUUUUUCUUAACUGAAUUGUAUUUGAUUGCUGCAGAUUGCAAAGACAAUAGUAUGCAGAAGGCCGUCAGUACUGUGAGUGUGUUGAUCCACUGAAGGUUGUUUUUGGGACUCCUGUAAGAUCCCUUUUCUGAAAUAGUUGUACUUUUUCUCAGAUAGGGUGCUGGGCAGUAGAAAAUUUGAUUUGUCAGUCAAAAAAAUGUAAACACAGUAAAUAUUGUUUCUUGGGCAAAGGAAAACUUUUUAUAGUUGUAAAAUUCCAUGAUUAACCCAUUGCCAAAGAAACAUUGAAGAACUUUGUAUAGCUGUAUAAAAAGCGACUAAUUUUUUUAAAAGAAUAAAACAUUUUUAAGUCAACAGACCUGCUGUGUUGAGACACUAAAACACACACACAAGAGUUUGUUUUAGGUUUUUUUUUUCUUUGUAGUUUUUCAGGCUUUAAACUUGUUUGGUUUUUAUUAUAUUUUGACUACAAAUUAAAAAAGAAAAGAAAAUGUUCUUCCGCAAUAUAAAAAAAAAAAAACCCUGCAUAAAACUAUUCUGUCUUGGUGAGAAAUUCGGUUUUGUAAGUUUCUGGCAUAUCAAAGGGUUUGACCAAAUUUAAAGUCCCAUUGUCAAUCAAGACAAGCCUAGAGGCUUCACAUUGCAGUUUGUGUUAACUCACGCAACUGAAAGGUCAGUGACCCAGGCACACAAGUUCUGAGACUCCUUUUUGUGCCUGACAUAAAACUGAAAAGUCUCCAUGUAUCACUUCUUGAAACGUUGACUCUUGUUUUAAUAUUGUUGACAUACUCAGUUUAAAAGUGAAUUUCCUAGUGUUUGAAAUUGCUGAGUUUUGAUGGACUGUAGCUUGGAGACAUUGAAUGUUCAUUUUUUAGACAGUAUCCCACAAGUGAUUUGAUAUGAAGUAAUUGUACACCAAUUCUGAAUAACUAGUUUAAUGACUUCUCCUUUUUUAAAUAUUAAGUUAUAUUAGAUACAGUAAUCUGGUAAUUUGUGUUUGUAUUUGUAUAUGAAAGCCACAGGAAUAAAGGGAUCCAAAGAUUAAA